CUCGCUGCUGCUGUACAGCUGUCAAGAAGAAACAACUGGUACUUUGAGUAUGUUUUGAGCAGCGCGUUAGCUAUUAAAAUCUGUUUAUACGACAGGUGAAGUAUGGUUCUUCCGAUGAAAGUGUAAUUUUUUUUUCUACAGAGCUGUGUUGGCUUCCAGCGACAAGGAGCCUCUCUGCGAUAGCUAGCUAUGUAACUAGCUAGCUAGCUAAUUCGCUAACCAUCCGUCAUGGAAAAUAAACUAUAUUCUUCCAAAACUGUUCUCCGUAACAGUUUUUCGUCUUUUCUCAUUCAGAGUUAGUUUUUGUUUCGGGAUUUCAUUGAAGGUGAACGGUUGUAUCUGUUGUUUAGAUGCUGCUGGCUGCGUGUGAACAUGUGAUGCUCGUAAACAAACAAACAAGGCUCAGUCACAGAACAGUCGCUGGAAACAUGGAUAUGGUGCUGGGAGGUAGCUAACGCCUGUUAGAUCUACACAGACUGGGAUGAUCAGGACUCUAAAGGAGGACGCCUCCCCCUGGACUCUUUGACUUUGAGUGGGUGUUGGUGGACACUAUACAAGUGUGUCCAUUUUAAAUCUUAACCAGAGGCGGGAUUACGUGAGGAAACUAGGCAACAAAAUCUCCUGGGAACCAGUCUGUGCUUCAGGUGCAGCCAUGAUGUUAAAAACCUUAUUGAUCACCGGGCUUCUUGGCUGGGCCACAUGUCAAGACAACCAGAACAUGACACCAGAGGAGAAGGCUGCUAUCAGGGACCAGAUUGUUGAAAUGUUUGACCACGCUUACGGCAGUUACAUGAAAUAUGCUUACCCAGCAGAUGAGCUGAUGCCUCUAAGCUGCAGGGGGAGAGUCCGUGGCCAAGAGCCAAACAGAGGUGACAUUGAUGACUCCUUGGGGAAAUUUUCACUCACUCUGAUUGAUACCCUCGACACCCUGGUGGUGUUAAACAAGCUUGAUGAAUUUGAGGAUGCAGUGAGGAAGACUGUGAUGGAAGUGCGCCUCGACAAUGAUGUGGUGGUCUCAGUGUUCGAGACUAACAUCAGAGUUUUGGGAGGGCUGUUGGGAGCUCAUGUGAUGGCUGACCUUCUCCAUGAGCGUGGAGAGAGGAUGCAGUGGUAUCGAGAUGAGCUUCUUUAUAUGGCCAAAGAGCUGGGCCACCGAUUACUGCCUGCCUUCAACACCACAAGUGGCCUUCCCUACCCUAAGGUUAAUUUGCGGUAUGGGGUCUUGAAUCCACUUUCACGCACAGGCAGUGAGUCGGACACCUGUACAGCCUGUGCAGGAACUAUGAUCCUUGAGUUUGCUGCUCUCAGUCGACUGUCUGGAGAGUCUGUAUUUGAGGAACAUGCAAGAAAAGCAUUGGAUGUCCUCUGGGAGAGAAGGCAGAGAGGGAAUGACUUGGUGGGGACUGUCAUCAAUAUCCACAAUGGAGAAUGGAUCCGUAGGGACAGUGGAGUUGGUGCUGGCAUCGACUCGUAUUAUGAAUAUCUGAUGAAGGCCUAUAUCCUGUUAGGCGACAGUGUCUACCUGGAGCGGUUCAACAUUCACUACAGUGCCAUAAUGAAGUACAUCAGUCAGCCCCCUCUGCUGCUCAAUGUGCACAUGCACAACCCCACUGUGAGCGUGCGCAGCUGGAUGGACUCUCUGUUGGCGUUCUUUCCCGGCUUACAGGUUUUGAGAGGAGAUCUGAAACCCGCUAUCGAGACACAUGAGAUGCUUUACCAAGUCACCAAACAGCACAAAUUUCUCCCAGAGGCUUUCACUACAGAGUUCAGAGUACAUUGGGGCCAGCACCUGCUGAGACCAGAGUUUGCAGAAAGCACAUACUACCUCUAUAAGGCGACCCGUGACCCAUACUACCUCAGAGUCGGACAGUCUAUUGUGGAAAAGCUCAAUGCAUAUGCCAGAGUGCCUUGUGGGUUUGCAGCUGUACAGGAUGUCCGCACUGGAACCCAUGAAGAUAGGAUGGACUCAUUCUUUCUGGCAGAGAUGUUUAAAUACCUGUACCUGAUGUUUUCUGAGAAGAGCCACCUACCCAUCAAUAUGGAUGACUACAUCUUCACCACAGAAGCUCACCUCCUCCCCGUUUCUCUCUCCAACACCCAGCUGCCCUGCCAAGUGAACAUUACGGAGUCGGAUCAUGCUUCUCAUGAAGAUCUGUUCACACACUCUUGUCCCAGCACACAAACAUUGUUCCCCAACAAUCCGUCGUUUGCCAAAACUAUCCGGGACAGCUACAAGUACCUCACUGGUGUGGGACGAGCCUUCCAUCCCUUACCUGUCAGGGAAAUUGAACUACCACUCCAUGAUAACGGCAUGGAACCCAUAGAGUUCUUGAAAAGUAUGGGCAUUUCUCUCACACCAGUAAAUGACAUCAAGAUGGGUGGCUCAGGACAUCUGAAGGAGCACAAAGGAGUAUACAGAGUUAAACUGGUGGCAGAGGUACACCAGACAACAGAGGAGGAGGUGGUGGUGCCUCAUGUGGUUCAACUAAUAUCCCCACCAUUUUUGGGAGGAACAGUCCUCACUGCUGGACCUGCCAAGUUUGGAAUGGACCUCACUAAGCAGGAGCAUGGGGUGAAAGGCAGCAUAGUGAAAGUCUCCCCCUACACAGCGUGUCAGCCAUUAGAUAAUGCUGCAGAGCUUAAAGGUCGUAUCGCUCUGGCACUGCGUGGUGACUGCAUGUUUGCUGAAAAGGCUCGUCGACUGCAGGAGGCAGAAGCCAUCGGAGCAAUCUUUAUAGACCACCAUGAGGGGAGUAAUAGUGAGGAAACUCCCCUCUUCCAGAUGGUUGGAGAUGGUGGCUCCACUGAAGACAUCAGGUUACCUUUGGUCUUCCUGUUCAGUCGCGAAGGUGCUGCUCUUACAGCUGCCCUAGAACAACAUCACAAUGUUGAUGUGUUGCUGCUGCCGAAAGAGAGGCAGCUGGGAAAAGAUAACAGAGAAAAAUCUGUCAGCAUGAACUUGAAGCUGCAUUUGGCAGAAGAGGGCGAGCUGGAUGAGACGACAGGUAGGGUGCCCACCCUGGAGUUUGUAUUGGAGAAAGGAGGUGUGUUCCUUCAGGAGAAGGAGGAAGGGGAGCUCAAACCCUCGCAACAGCAGUCACACGCACAGACAAGAGAUAACGACUGUACUGAACGCUGUUCAGCAGCGGUGGAUUUGUCUUAAAACUCAAGUCUGAAUGUGGACCAGAUGCAGAUCUGUGACCCCUUCCGAGUGCCAAGCAGACACCUUUCUCAAGUGAUCCUCCAUCCAUGUCGGAGGGGCGUGUGCAUCAGAGUCUUUCACUGCCCC